AUGGACUUCUCCGUCAAACCUAACGGCAACUCACCGUCUCCGUCAUCUUCCUCCACCCCUAACCGUCUCAAACCCUCCGCAACCGCAACCGCAACCGCCUCCGAUCGAGAUCCAAUGCAUUCCUGGUGGGAAUCAGUCUCCAAGCAACGCUCCCGCAUCCUCUCCCUCUCAUCUCUCCUCUCCUCCUCCUCCUCCGACGAAGCUCCGAUCUCCUCUCUAGCCGACUCCGAUCGCCCCGCACUGUCUUUACUCUCCUCACGCGCCGCGUACUCGCUGAUCUCAUCCUCUCUCCGCGAUCCGGGAUCCGGAUCCGGAUCCGACCCGCUCUGCCAGUGGCUUUACGAGACUUACCUCUCCUCCGAUCCCCCUCUCCGCCUCGUCGUCCUCUCCUUCCUCCCGUUGCUCGCCGGAACGUAUCUCUCUCGGAUCCACUCCUCCUCCCUACCUUCCCUCUCCGGAUUCGAAGCCGUGCUUCUCGCGAUCCACGCGGCGGAGGUGAAAUCACGCGCCGGGAAAGGCGUGCUCGUCCAUAUCCCUGAUCUCUCUCAGCCGUCUCUCUACCACACGCCGCGAAACGGCGUGGUUUCAUCGACGAAUGGUGCUGCUGCUUCCUCCGUUGGAGUCUUGUCUCCGCAGCUUGAGCCUCAGGUGGCUGUGAAGUCGACUAAAAGGGCGGGGAUCGUUGGUGUGGGGUUGCAGUGUUACUUCAAGGAGAUUUCUCAGAUGCCUGUGUGGUCUAAGCUUGAGUUUUGUAGCUUCUCGGCUGCUUGGGCUGGUCAGGAUUGUGAUUGUAAGGAGAAGAUUGAUGGAGAUGGAGAUAAAGUCUUGGCGUUGACUAAUGGAGGUAGUGAGAUUGAGAUUGAGAUUGAGGAGGAGGAGGAAGAGAUUAUUAGCUCUAAUGUUGGAGGAGGUGUGAGGAUUCCACUUCCAUGGGAGUUGCUUCAACCAACGUUGAGGAUUCUUGGACAUUGUUUGCUUAGUCCGUUGAAUAGUGAAGAUGUUAAGGAUGCGGCUUCUAAUGCGGUGAGGUCGUUGUACGCGAGAGCUUCUCAUGAUUUGAACCCGCAGGCGAUUUUGGCGACGAGGAGUUUAGUUAAUCUUGAUGUGAGUGCGAGGAGGGAGGCGAAGGAUGUGGGUGUUGGGGAGGAGAGUGUUAAUGGGUCUUCGUCGAAUGUUAACACUCCAAGUAAGUCGAAGAAGCAGCCAGAGAUUCUUCUGUCUUCAAAGUGA